CGUACGAGAGACAACAUGGCAGAAAGUGUUGAGUCGCCGGAAUACAACCCUGCAAUUAUUGCAGAUAGUGCAGCAGUUCCAGUGACUUCUGACGUUGAUGAGCUUUCGAAAAUUGCAGCCAAGAUUCGACAAGCCAGGCCUCCUAGACCUUGCGUCCAACUCACUAUCCAGGAUGGGACUCUAUUGGAAGCCAUGGAGAUCAACGUCAGCGAGCAGGAGAAGCGCACAACCCAGACCGCCAUGGGUAUGAAGGACGUCUAUACGGUGUACUAUGUAGAAACCAGAGUCAAAGAUGGAACCAGCAAACCACUGGGUGAAGAGGCAACUUCACUGUGGAGGCGUUACAGCGAGUUUGAACUUCUUAGAAAUUACCUUCUUGUGACCUACUCACACGUUGUCAUUCCUCCGCUGCCAGAGAAGCGGGCAACUAUUAUGUGGCAACAGUUGUCGACGGUUGAUAACUUUGAUAGCGAAUUCAUCGAACGGAGACGAACAGGACUUGAGGGAUUCCUCCGCCGGGUGGCCAACCAUCACAAGCUCUGUCAAGACAAGAUAUUCCAUGGUUUCUUACAAGAUGAAAAUGGUUGGAAGUCUUCAGUAAAUGCAUCAGGAUUCCAGGCCAAGAUGACUAUCUUACCAGGAUCUGUUAACGUUAACAAGCAAGAUUCACGGUUAAAGAGCCUUAACGCUGCUUUUCGUCUCAAGAAACCAGACAAGCGUUUUGAAGACCUCAAGAACUAUUGUACCAACUUACAGAAUAAUAUAACAGCACUGCUAAAGUUGAGGGCGUUCUUCAUUAGCUAUAAAGAUUAUAUUGAUGACUUUAUGUCUGAGGAGGAGCUAAUAGCAGACCAACUUAAGGAGUAUGCAAGCUUUGCUGAUGCUGUUAGAUCUGUUUGUAGAAAACAAGAAAUGUUGCAAUAUGAAGUUGAAAGAGCAGAAGAGAAUUUAGCUGCCAAAACCCAACUAAGAGAUCAGUUACAGGGAACAGUACCUACAAAAGCAUUUUCUUGGCGAGGACUCAGUAGCAAAGUGUUCGGUCCAGAAACGGACCAAGUAAAGGAGAUGAAGUUGAGGCAGGUUAAAGAUCAAAUCCAAGAAGCUGAAGAACAGGUGACCAGAACACAAAAGGAGGCAGCGGAAUUUGUAGAGGAAGCACUGAAAGAAAUAGAAAGAUUCAAGAAAACCAAAACAGCAGAUCUUAAAGAAAUCUUCAUCAAUUUCUCAGUUCUGCAAAUUAAAAUUGCAAAAAAGGGUAUUGCAACAUGGAUGAGUACGAAGGAAUGCUUUGAAAAGAUGUAAAUAACUGCAAGAUAAAGAGUAGCAGAGGGGUGUGCUCUGUUGUUGUAUUAGUCUCAGUAAAUUAACAAAAAAAAUGAAUAUAAUAGAAUUCUAUUUUUAGAGUAUUUGAUAUUCUUUAUUUUCAAUGUGUCUUUUUGCAAGGUUUUGAAAUAGUAUUAAACAUCCAGGAUUCGUUUCUUCUGUGAUGUGUAGCUGUCAUAUUUAGUCUUUGGAUGAAUAGUUUGUCAUUGUUCUUCAGCGGUUGGAUUUUUCAGACUUUCUUAGGGAAAAGAAUCAUCUAAACUUCACCUAAAAUAUCAGUGAAUUUUCUUAACUUAUUUAAAGCCGUCACUUCUCUACAGGCAAUUCCUCUCCAAUGUACCCUGCCCUCUGCAACGAUCAUGUAAUUUGGAGUUGAGUAGUUUGGUUUGUUAGGAUGCUUGCCUUCCAAUCCCAGGGUCCUGGGUUCAAUUCCUGUCAGUGUUGCAGGAUUUUUCUCACGACCAAAACAACUCCACUCCCUAAAACUCAUUUAGGUUUAGUUUGUGUAAAGCAUCGUGUGUGUAUGUUUGUCUUGUGAAAGGGAUUGUCACCUACAAACAAGUAGGACAUUGACUGUUGACAAUCCUACAGUAGGUGCAUGUGUGCCUAAGUAAAUAAAAAUGAAAUAAAAUAAAUCGUUUCCAGCUUUUCCCAUGUUUGGCCAUGCCCCUUCACCCAGUGAGAAUGAAGCUCUCCUUAAAAUGGGUGUUCCCUUCCUUCCUUAGGAUUUCUAUUGUGGAGCAUCUCAUAUAAUAUAUUUUGAUAAAUAAGCAGUUUCAUAAAAGCCCACAUUAACUUAUAACAGUUUUCUAAGCUUAGUGUGAUAAAUCAAAACCUUUGACCCCUAAACAGUAUGUGUAUAUCGACAAGUCAAAUAAAUUAAAUCUUAGUAUGGAUUGCAUUAUUUAUGAAUUGCAGGUACAGUAGUAGUGUACUGUAAAUAGAAAAAAAAAGAAGAAAUUACAUUUUUAAUUGACAACUCUAUGGGUGGUAGUUACUGUACAUGAUUGUGUACAUUCUAAAUGGUCCUCCUCAGCCAUUCAUGUACUUGAGGUUCAGGAUGUUGAAAUUUUCAACAGCUGUCAGUGGAAGAAUAAUGACUAAAUUACCACUUUAACAUUAUACUGUACUGAAUAAAAAAUCGUACAUUCAUUUGUUUAGUAUGCCAUCAUACCUGAAAAUUCUGAAACUUUUUAUUGUUAUAGUGCCUGUCCGCUGUGGUAAUGAAGCGUUAAAGUGUCUUUAACACUGUAUGCAAAUAAGCUGUCACCUUGUUUAAUCUGUGCAUGUCUAUGUCAAAUUUCAUGGCAUAUUCCUGUGUCAAAGUUCAGGCCAUAUAAUCAAAUAAUCUAGUCUAUGACAGAGCAUGUAUGGAAUGAAUGUACAGAAAGUAUGUAUGCUUGGUGUAAUAGAUUGUAUGCUUGGUGUAAUAGAUUGGGUUAUUUAUAAGCCUUGACCUUUGACACAUUCAUGCACACUUUAACCUUUUACAAGAGGGCUUACUGGUUUUGUUUUAAGGAACUGCAUUCAUCUAUUGCAAAUGUGUGAUUUUUUAUUUCAGGAGGAAAUUAAACAUUUUAACUUCAUAUUCAAACCUUGAUAUUAUCACAAAUUCAUAUGUAUAUUGUUUAAAGUGUUUAGGUACAAAUACAUGUUGAAUGGAAUGAGUUAGCUAUCGUCAUGCGACGUAAGAGGAGGAGCUUAGGCGCCAUAUAUAGUUCUACAAGUGAGAUGAGUUAAACAAGGUCACGGUGGUCGUUGACUUCAUAAGAGGGUUUGUUAAUCUGUGGAUUAAAUGGAAUUAGUUAUCUAUCGUCAUGUGACAUAAGAGGAGAAGCUUUGACCAAUCUUAGUCCAUGGUCAAUGGCUUUAGAAUGAUUUUGUUAAUAGCCUGAUUAUCCAAUGAUAUGAGUUAACCAUGGCCAUGUGACACUAGCAGAGUGCUUAAACUCAUCAAAAUGCUAAACAGCAUUAAUUUAAUAUAAGGCCAAAAAAAAAGAUGUUUGUUUCCCCUCCUCCACCCACCCCUAACUUACUGGGAAAAAAAUUGGGGGAGGAAAAACAAAAAAACUUUUUUUAGAUUUUUUCUUUACAAAUUAAAACAAAUGUGAGUGAAUUUACCUUUAUUUUUUGCCAGAUGCCCUACAAAUUAGUCUAAAGAUUUUGUCUGAUGUAAGAUAUUGCCAUUCUAGGCAUCUGUGGGUUAUUUUCAUUCCAUCUGGUGAGUUUUCCACUUUCCCCUUUUUGUGAUUUAAAAAAAAAGAAGGGCAAACAAACAAUUUACUUCUUUAGGCCCAAUCAUAUGUCAAUACAUUUAUUGAUCAAACAAUGUAAAUUGAUUGGUUGAUUUUAAUCAUAUGAUACUUAAAGUAAAUUGUGUACACAUUUUCCACCAGUAUACAUAGCCUUGCAGGUCAUUUACAUUAGUAAUUUUUUAUUGUAUUUUGGGGGAACUAGUUUAGUAAGCUUUAUUUUAUUUGCUAUUCGUCCAUAAAUUAUAACAUGUAGUUGAUAUUGGGAUAUUAAAAUAUUAAGAAUAUUUAGUAACAACUCAUUUUGUAUUAGCCUAGUUAUGUAAUUCAUAUAAAAAUA